AUGGACGCUAGACCUGCCUACGAGGGGACUCUUGAUGAGUCCCGCCUAUUUGCGAAGCUUCCGAAUGAGAUUGCGGAACUCAUUCACACAGCUUCUGGGACCCAAUACCUGAAUGCGCUUGCGGUUGGCGCAUUGAGGCCCGGAUGUACAGAAGGCUUCUUUUGCCUGUACGAACCGAUCUUUGUGGAUUUGGCAGCACGGUGGCUCUUAUCCGACUCUCAGCUAGAUCAAAUCGAUAUCCUUUCCGCAUUCUCUCGAGUACUACCGUUUGCGCCAAACCUCCGACCUUUUGCAAGCCAAUAUGCCAUUGCUCGGGCUGGACCUCUAUCGGCUUUGGCUGCGUGUGAUGAGCAAACCCUUUCACAAAUAAACGAUGCCACCAUCCGGAGCCUCUUGUUAGCGAUCUUUAGGCUUCUUUCCUACGACCCAGAAGUCUUCUCAAAGGCUGUAUCGCCCUCUCAGCUUCAAUCGCUAUUCCAACACCGCGACCGAUCCGUUAGAUACCUCUCCAUACGAUGCUUCGCCCUAUACAUGCGAGCAGCGGAUGCUGCUCUGGAGGAAUUAAUCAAAACUAAUUUUGCAGACGAUAUCGUCGAGGGCGAAUGGGAGGGGACCACAAUCGACUACCGGUGUCUUGGCUUGUGGGAAGAACGUCGGUGGAACACAUUGGAGAAGCAGGUUCAGCUCGCCAGGUCGAACCGAUCUACCCCCGAUACUCUUUCGCAGAUUGAGAAGCUUCGAGAAUAUUUCACUUCUAGAACCGCCGAAAUCUGCGGAGUGUUGGUCCCACGACAAAGUAAUACUCCUCAACCGUCCUCGAUUGUGAAAACGCCGACCGCCGUUGGAAAUUUGCGGAAAAUCGCAACAGCACUAAUAUCCGCUAGGCCUAUGUUGCUGGUUGGUUUACCGAACUCGGGGAAAACGACAUUAAUCAACGAUGUCGCCGCAACCAUGGGCCAGGCGGAGACGAUGGUCACGCUACACUUGAAUGAACAGACCGAUGCAAAGAGUCUUCUGGGAAUGUAUUCGACCUCACCAGCUACAGGCUCUUUCGCCUGGCAACCCGGUGUUUUGACCAAGGCGGCAAGGGAAGGUCGUUGGAUCCUGAUCGAAGAUUUAGAUCGCGCGCCUUCCGAAGUUAUUGGCCUUAUUCUUCCUAUCAUCGAGCGGGGAGAGUUGACCAUAGCUAGCAGGAAGGAAAGAAUCAAAUGCGCAGAAGGCUUCAAGAUCAUCGCAACCAUGAAGUCUUCAUACAACAUUGCGGGUGAAGAAAUUGCCCCGAGCACCAACAUCCUAGGAAGCAGGUUGUGGCAGCGUGUGCAGAUUGACUCUCUCGCGAUCGACGAAAUUCGAGAAGUCAUCACGCAGAAAUAUUCUCUCCUAGAAUCUCGGGUCGCCACUAUCAUGGACGUCUACCAGAGACUUUGUGCCUCUUUCCACGGAAGCCUGGCUAUCAAGAGUUCUCAGGGACGAACUCCUGGUCUUCGUGAUCUAAUCAAGCUCUGUAGCCGAAUGCACAGGCGGCUUCAGCGCUUGGGGGCGAAAACCGGCUACGAAGCGACGCCAGAGGGUGCUGAGGAUGAAAUAUUCCUUGACGUCGUGGAUGUGUUUUUGAAAUAUAUCCCCGAAAAGACCCUGGCGGAUUCCCUUUCCUUGGUUGUUGCUGAAGCCCUGCAAAUUUCACCGCAGCGGGCACGCUUCUGUAUGCACGAGAGAACGCCUACUUAUUCUGACCAAGGCAAUAGCCUCACGCUUGGAAGAGAAACAUGUCGCAAGGUAAAACAAGUUGCUGCUUCUGUGCAAAUGGCCGAGCCUGUCCUUCUCGUCGGAGAGACGGGUAUUGGUAAAACCACUGUCAUUCAACAGCUUGCUACGCUGAUGCGACAGAAGCUCACAGUGGUCAACUUGUCCCAGCAGAGUGAAAGCACUGAUUUGCUUGGUGGCUUCAAGCCAGUCAACAUUCGCACAAUGGCCGUACCGAUGCAUGAUGAGUUUGUCUCUCUCUUUGAAUUGACAUUCUCGGCAAAGAAGAACCAAAAAUUUCUCCAUUCUGUCGCCAAGAGUGUCACUGCAGGGAACUGGGCUCGCCUAGUACACCUUUGGCAUGAAGCAGUCCGAUUGGCUGAUGGAGUAUUCAAGUCAGAUCAGGGCUCUCAAGGUGCCGAGGAACAACCCGCGAAGAAGAGGAAGUUGGAUUCACCUAAAUACCAACUCUUGCGGCAGAGAUGGGACAGAUUCGCAGCGCAGCUCAAUGAUUUCGAGUCGCAGGUAUCUCAAGGAGAUGCAAAGUUUGCCUUUGCUUUCGUUCAAGGAAAGAUUGUCCGAGCGCUGCGUAACGGGGAGUGGGUUCUUCUUGAUGAGGUCAACCUUGCUUCACCAGAUACUCUCGAGAACAUCGCCAGUCUUCUCCACCAUGGUAGCGAAGGUUCACCGUCCGUCUUGCUCUCCGAAGCAGGUGAUGUGGAGCGCGUCUUUGGUCACCCUGAUUUCCGUAUCUUUGGAGCCAUGAAUCCCGCGACUGAUGCAGGCAAAAAGGACCUACCCCCUGGUCUGCGAUCAAGGUUCACGGAAUUCUAUGUGCAAUCACCGGAUAGCGACCUGGACGACCUGCUCUCUCUGAUUCAGAAGUACCUUGGCGAUUUGGCGUUGACUGAUGCGAGGGCAGUCCCGGAUCUUGGACAGCUCUACAUGGAAGCUAAGAAGCUUAAUACGGAGAACAAGCUCACUGAUGGUGCUGGACAGCGUCCACACUUCAGCAUCAGAACACUCGUCAGAGCGCUCGUCUACGUAGCCGAUCAUGCACAUAUCUACGGCUUGCGUCGAGCAAUCUACGAGGGAUUCUCUAUGAGUUUCCUUACCGUUCUCAGUCAAGAGUCGGAGCGUUUGUUAGCACCUUUGCUCGAGAAGCACAUCUUCAGCAACGUCAAGAAUUCCAGAGCACUCCUGGGCCAGACACCCAAACCACCAAAUGACGGAAAUGACUACGUGCAAUUCAAGCAUUACUGGAUGCGUCGGGGUCAUCUGCAACCCGAAGAACAACCGCACUAUAUCAUCACACCAUUCAUCGAGAAGAACCUGAAGAACUUGGUCCGAGCAAGCUCCACGCGCCGCUUUCCCGUUUUGCUGCAGGGUCCGACGUCUGCUGGUAAGACUAGUAUGAUCGAGUUCCUUGCCAAGGUCUCGGGGAACCAAUUCGUACGCAUCAACAAUCACGAGCACACUGAUCUUCAAGAGUAUUUGGGAACUUACGUCUCCAGCGACGAUGGCACCCUCCGCUACCAAGAAGGUGUUUUGGUAGAGGCUCUGAGAAACGGUUACUGGAUAGUUCUCGAUGAAUUGAACCUGGCACCUUCUGACGUCCUCGAAGCAUUGAACCGUCUGUUGGAUGAUAACCGUGAGCUCUUCAUCCCAGAAACUCAAGAAGUGGUGCGUCCGCAUCCCAACUUCAUGUUGUUCGCCACACAGAAUCCCGCCGGUCUCUACGGUGGCCGAAAGGUGUUGUCUCGUGCCUUCCGGAAUAGAUUCUUGGAGCUUCAUUUCGACGACAUCCCUGAAAGCGAACUGGAAUAUAUCUUGAAGGAGCGCUCACAGAUUGCUCCUUCGUUCUGUACUCGGAUAGUGUCGGUUUACCGCAAACUCUCCUUAUUGCGCCAGGCCAAUCGACUAUUCGAACAGAAAAACAGUUUUGCAACCUUGCGUGAUCUUUUUAGAUGGGCGCUUCGUCGUGCUGAUGAUCGCGAUCAAUUGGCGAUUAAUGGUUUCAUGCUGCUGGCAGAGCGAGUGCGCAAUCCUCAGGAGAGGGCUGCAGUCAAGAGCGUGAUCGAGGAGGUGAUGAGAGUCCGGAUUGACGAGGAUGUCAUCUAUGGCGCCUCGGAGAUGGAGAAGCGUGCUCCUAAUCUUGCACAGCUAGCUCCGGGAAUUGUGUGGACCAAGGCGAUGCGCCGACUGUUCGUUCUUGUCUCCACCGCUCUCGAGAAUAACGAGCCUAUUCUGCUUGUAGGCGAGACUGGAUGUGGUAAGACUCAGCUAUGCCAAGCAGUUGCCGAGAUUUGCAGAAAACAACUGUAUAUCAUCAACGCACAUGUGAAUUUGGAAACGGGUGAUCUUAUUGGUGCUCAAAGACCCGUUAGGAAUAGGGCAUCAAUCGAAAGCCAGCUACUCAGCGACCUACGAACUAUUUUCUCGCAGGUUGAUCAGUCAGCGUCUGUCGAUGAUCUGAAACAGGCUUUUGGUGCUCUCAGCGCAGAGCAACUGCAAGCGCUGGACCCUGAGUUGAGACUUCGAGUCGAAAAGAACCUCGCUCGGUUGAACGCCUUGUUUGAAUGGUCUGAUGGAAGUUUGAUCACGGCUAUGAAAACGGGCCAGUUCUUCCUUCUCGAUGAGAUUUCACUCGCCGACGAUUCUGUUUUGGAGAGGUUGAACAGUGUUCUGGAGCCUCAUCGCUCCAUUCUUCUUGCCGAAAAGGGCCCGAUUGACUCCAUGGUGGUUGCUCACGAGGGCUUCCAGUUUCUGUCUACCAUGAAUCCUGGAGGUGAUUAUGGAAAGCGCGAGCUUUCUGCCGCUCUUCGCAACCGUAUGACGGAAAUAUGGGCUCCCCAGCUUUCUGAAGACGAGGACAUUCUGCCGAUUCUUCGGAUGAAGCUUCAGCUAGAAUCGGUGCAUGUGCCUAAGGCGAUGCUGCAGUUCGCCAAGUGGUUCAAAACGACAUUCCAAAACUCCACGACAUCUUCGCUUUCCAUCCGUGAUCUCCUUGGCUGGGUCGAGUUCGUCAACAGAUGUCAGAGCUCUGAUCCCAUGUUCGCGGUGGUGCAGGGUGCCGCAAUGGUGUUUGUCGACACCUUGGGCGCUAAUCCUGCAGCAAUCCUCGCGACAGCUUUGAAUGACCUUCAAGGCAAUCGUCGUUUGUGUCUAGACAAGCUGCAAGAGCUUUUUGAUGUAGAUGCCUUCAACAUUUACUUGCAAAAGUCAACUAUUGACACAGAUAGCACCUCCCUUCGUGUUGGACCUUUCAAUCUUCCCAUCAAUGCACAAGGAAGACCUGACCCCGAAUUCAUUAUGGAUGCUCCUACUACCAUCGGCAACUCAGUGAGAAUUGCCCGAGGAUUGCAGCUCCCAAAGCCUAUCCUUCUGGAGGGAAGCCCGGGCGUUGGAAAGACGACGCUAGUGACUGCGCUUGCUAAAGCUCUCGGAAAGCCACUCACUCGAAUUAAUCUUUCUGAGCAAACAGAUCUGACGGACCUUUUUGGUUCUGAUGUCCCAGUGGAAGGAGGCGAUGUUGGGCAGUUCGCUUGGCGUGAUGCACCAUUCCUGCAAGCAAUGCAACGUGGUGACUGGGUUCUUCUCGAUGAGAUGAAUCUGGCUUCUCAGUCUGUUCUUGAAGGAUUGAAUGCUUGCUUGGACCAUCGUCAGAUGGUAUAUGUUGCUGAACUCGAUCAAACAUUCAAGAGACACCCCGACUUUGUCCUCUUCGCUGCGCAGAACCCGCAUCAUCAGGGUGGUGGCCGGAAAGGUCUUCCCGCGUCCUUUGUUAACAGAUUUACUGUGGUAUAUGCCGAUAGUUUCACCGACACUGAUUUGAGGCGAAUUUGUGCCAAGCUAUUCCCUGGAAGUCCCGCCACCCAGACUGACAAGCUCGUCGAGUUCGUCUCACUGCUUAACAAAGCUAUUCAAGAGCGCAGACUAGGCGCGUUGGGUGGCCCCUGGGAGGUCAACUUGCGAGACAUCCAGAGGUGGCUUCAGUUGGCCGAUCGAGGGAACCUGCAAGUACCUGCCGUCCAUUUCCUGGACAUUAUUAUCUCUCAGCGGUUCAGAAGUGAGGAAGACCGUAGCUUGGUGUCUCAGUUGUUUGGGAAGGUCUUCGGGGAUUCUCUUACGGCCCCGAAAAGCUAUUACCAUAAUCUGACACCAGGCUACAUGCAGGUUGGACUUGGCUUCAUGCGGCGUGAUUCAGUCUUACAGCAGACCUCGGAUCCCCAAAUGCAGAUUCUCCCAGGGGACUUGUCGGUCCUGGAAUCACUAAUGCUGUGUGUCGAGCAAUCCUGGCCGAGCAUUUUGGUGGGAUCAUCAGGUUGUGGCAAGACAACCCUCAUCAGGAAGCUCGCCGCGCUGAACGGAGCCAGCUUGGUUGAAUUGGCACUGAGCGCUGAUACAGACACCAUGGAUCUUGUCGGUGGGUUUGAACAAAUUGAUUACAAGAGGGAAGUCUCGUCCUUGCUCCUGGAGAUCUCGCAGUAUCUUCAGCGACAGAUUAUUUCCGCGUAUGCCGCGAGAGACACUGCGGACCUUUCGUCUAAUCCUCUUCAGCUCUAUGAGACUCUACAGAGCCCGGACGUGUCGCUUGAUAGUGUGGUUGCUUCGCUUGUGAAGCUGUAUGAAUCUUACCCCCAACCUCUUCUUCAGGAUUAUGCCAACCGGGCUCAGCGCCUAUCAGGCAUUUCCGACAAGAUGGACAAAAUGAAAGUCGGGUUUGAGUGGACAGAGGGUGUCUUGACGCAGGCAGUCCAGAAUGGACAGUGGGUUGUUCUUGACAAUGCGAAUCUUUGCAACCCGUCAGUCCUCGACAGAUUGAACUCGUUGACGGAGCCUAACGGAACUCUGAUCCUGAACGAACAACGUACAGAGGAUGGAAAUGCUCGAAUUAUCAAGCCGCACCCUAAUUUCAGGCUCUUCUUGACUAUGGACCCUCGCCACGGCGAGCUGUCUCGGGCGAUGCGGAAUCGUUGUGUUGAGAUCUCAUUCUUGCCGCAGGAAGAUUUGAAUUUCGCAAUCUCCUCUGUGCCUGCUUACACCUGCCAAUCCUCACUAUACCGUCUUCGGUCCCUGUGGAAUCUGGACGUUACCACGGCUCUCGAGGGCGAUGAGUCCGUUUCUCUCCUCCAUGAAGCGUGCUUGGAUCAUCUCUCGAUCGCGGACCUAUCAUAUCUUCAGCGCGUACAGGGGCUCCUCCCGUUCUAUUCCUCAGUCAAUGCGGACGAUCCACUUCUGGCAGCCCUGCAGCGAUAUCUCUCCGUCAUACAUGACAAUUCGUCUUGCAGACCUUUUGACUGUAUCAAAGCGGACUUCGCAGUUGGUUUUGCCUCGGUUGCCACGCAGGGCAUUUAUCAACCCCUUCAUCCUCUGGUGAACGAACCUCUUGCGUCGAUAAUGCACCAAAGUGUUCCUCUUGGCUGGCUCAUGGUCCUGGCACAACUCCAAGAGUCUAAGCUCGGCUUGCAGGGCCUGAGGCAGGGCUUAUUGCGGGCCAACGAAUCCGGAAAGCAUCUCAAGCCAAGCCAAAUGAACAGCUUGGAACGCUCUCUCGCCUCUGGCCGCAUCCCUUCUUUGAUGAAAGAUGCAACUCAGCCAGUGGGUGCCUUUUUGUCCGACUGCGGCCAGGCUGUCUACGAUUUUAUCCAGAGCUUAGAUCAAAGCGUGUUUCAAGUUUCCGAAGUGGUCCCUGCACUUCGUGCAAUGAUCAAUUUCUGCUCCGAUAUCUACUAUUUGACUACCGCGAGCGAGGUGGACCAGGGCGAGUUCCAGAUUUACCUUCAGCUUGGAAGAGAAUUGUCUGCCUCGUUGCUUGACGGGUGGGCCCCUUUGAAACCACUGGGUCUGGCGUUUUCCCAAGCUCUUGAUCGUUUCCAUGAGAACUGGGCAUUGACCACAGGUCUGAGCAUGCAGAGACUCUGGGAGUCGUGGAGGCCAGCUACCUCUGCUACCCAGGACCAACUGAGUGCUCUUCUGGAGUUGGAGAAUAUUGCUCUUGAGUUUACUCAAAUUGCUACCAAGACACAUCUUGAUUUGUCUCAAUUGAGCCAGGUCCGCAAGUCUUUGAUUGCAGCUCAGGAAGCCAUUCUUUCGAGCGGCCAUGAGGGAUACCCAGUCCAGGACCUACGACAAACAGUCGUGGACCUCGCAGCUUGCGUGCCAGAUGCAGAUGCAUUGCAAAAGCCCUACUUCUCUACCGAGUUCGAGGUGUUAUGUCAAUAUCACGAUCUCUCCUCACUACGUAACGGCCAGACAGUCGAAGAUCAAGUCGUGCAAUCAAUCCUGCCGCUACUUGCUGGACGUCCCGCCAGGCCCCUUGAUGCUUCAAGCUUGAAGACUCAAAUCCCUGUCAUCCUAAACAGGCUCUCUUUAUACGCGGGAAGUGAACCUUCGUCGGCAUUCGGCGCUGCAGUCAGUGGAACUUUGUCUCUGUCGCUGUUGGAAAGAUUGGCCUACGUUGGAACCACAAGCCUGGGCCAGAUGAAUGCUUUGGAGAUGGAGAAGAAAACACUUUCCAAGGCCUUGACCCUUACGAGUGGCGAGCUUGCCAUUAAUCAGGCUAUGUUUCUUCGACAAGCAAUGGCAAGGUUGACUACUGAGCUUGUCAUGCUUCACAAAGAUUUCUUCGAGCCGAAAUCUCUGGAGCAGAUUGUUUCUAUCCUCCGUGGUGUCGAAUCUCAAGGAUCACACAAGGACUUCUCGCUGCCGAGCAUUAACUUGGCCUCGAACCUGCCAGACAACCACUUUUUUAAGAGCUUCGCUCAAAGCCAGCUUCCGCGCCUAUUGUCGUCCCUGAUGACAGAACAGAUGGAUAGCACAGGCGCCGGCAUCGUUCAGUUGGCUGUCAUUCUCUUGCAGCUUUUUGUUCCAGAUAAGCCAUUUGAUCCCUCAUUGGGCUUGGUUGUUCAGAGGAAGAGACAUGCUCGGCGCUCGCUGGAGCUAACGGCAAGAGGUAAAGCUAUCUCGUCAUUUGAGGUCGGCUUCUCUGGACAAUCGUCCAAUUUGCGACAGGAAAUCAUGCAGGGAGAACUGCGCAAGCUCGGCGCGGCACCCCCGCCUUCUUCUGUCACCAGACCGCAGACCUCCGAACUCAAUAUUCUUCAUGGCGAGUUCUCUAGUCUCGUGAGAUCAGUCCUUGAGCGCCACCCGGAGAACAUCAAAUUUGCGGGAGACGACAGCGAUGCGGAGUCACAGCGGAUGGUUGAUCUUCUUCGUGAAAACAUUCGCCAGCUCAGUAGACGCCUUACGACGAACUACCGCUCCUACGACGACAUCACGACUCUAGUCGUUCGGUUUCUACAACUUCUUGACUUGGGUCUGUUCCUUUCCUCGAGCAAGUCUCGCCAGUCCAGUGAUGCGCAAAUCAUCAAAGCCAUUAGGGAGACCACUCCGUUCCUUGGUGGCCUCGUGCACCCCAUUUCUGGUAGCAUUUACAAGGAGUCUCACUUUGAAUCUAGUCUGAACACUGAUCUAUGGUUCCACGAAUUAUCGGCGCUCAGAGUGGCUGAGAACGCGGACAAGGGGCUGAUAUCUACUCGGAACGGACGCGACACUCUUCGUCGUUUGUUCGAACAGUUCCAUGCUCUCUGGAAAGUUAAGUUGCGAGAGGACCAAGAGGAAGAAGCUCGUAAGAACGAACUGUAUCAUUACAAGGGAUCUUGGGAGGAUGCAGAGGAAGUCGACGAGGACGAGUUGCGUCAACUGUUCCCAACGUACGAUGAGAAUGCAGAUGAAGAAGGAAAGGUGUCCAGCCGUGUCGACCCCAAAGCAAUUUCCGUCCGACUUGCAUCUUUGCACGCUAAGCUCUUCAACUCCGAAAACCAAGCGGAAGUCUUGUCGGCCUAUGUCAAGCAAUCAUCUCUGUUACUGGGCUCCUUACGAUCGGACAACGGCUCAUUGACCAUUGAUGGCCAACCCAAGGAGCAACUUUCCGGCGUUCUUCUGCUGCUUGAGGAUGCUCUGAAAUCAGGCGAAGUCACCUCGGGGAAGAAUUACAACUUCUACGUGGAUUCGAAUAUGGUCGAAGCUAAGAAGCUUGUUGACCUAACUCUGACGACGAAAGCUCGGUUUGCUCAAAUCCAGAAGUCCUGGCCCGACCACGCAGUUCUCGCAGACGUUAUUCAAUGCUGCAGAGAAAUUCUCCAGUUCAAGCACACUGAACCUGUCGCUAAAUUCCUUACCAAGGUUGAAAAGCUUCACAGCCUUGUGUAUGAAUGGCAGUUGGUGGCAAGCAGAGAAUACUCAGCAGCCUCCCUGUAUGACGAGAUCACAGGCACUAUCAUUGGCUGGCGGCGACUUGAAUUGACCACCUGGGCGAAACUCUUGGACUUGGAGAACGACAAAUGCCUCAAGGAUGUCAGCUCAUGGUGGUUCAUCACUUACGAGGCCUUGGUCCGGGCUCCGAUCCAGAUCGUUGAAUCCGGUGAAAUGGAGCUGAAAGACCACAUUCAAGAGGUUACCGCAACCCUGGAGCAGUUCUUUCGCUCCACCACUGUUGGACAAUACAGCGAGCGUCUCCGACUGAUUAAGAACUUCCAGUCCUUGUUGCUGCUCUAUGUGGAAGAUCUUCCGUCCUUGAGUCAACUCACGUCUGCUCUCGACAAUUUCCUUCAGCGUUACAGACAGUUUGAACCUCCUGUGCUCAAAUUGUUGGCUGAAAAGAGGCAGGCACUUGAGAAGAAUAUUAAGGAGCAGAUUCAGCUUGCUAGCUGGAAGGAUACCAACAUUGUCGCCCUCCGGGAAAGUGCUAGACGGUCACACGUCAAACUGUUCAAGUUGGUUCGCAAGUAUAGAGAGGCUUUGGCCCAGCCAGCUCAGCCUAUCCUGGAGCAAGACAUGCCAGAGGACAACGAGGAUACGGCUGCUCCUCAACGAUUGGUUCUUCCUUCCUUCGUCUUCCCCGAAGCCCUGGCGAUGUGUCAGACGGAGGAGAAAGCCUGGAUCGAUAGACCACCUCGAUUUAAGAACCCCGACAACACUGCUAGCAGCAUGAUGCAGGUGUAUGGUUCGAUCUCGAAAGAAUUCGAUGUUGCCGAAGACCUCGAGAGCUUUGUCAAAUAUGUCGUUGAGAGUAUCAAGGAGUUCAAAUCACAGACCCCGAAAACCUUGACGGAAGAGAACAAGGAUGAUGUCCAGCAUCUCAAGGUCCAGAAGCGUCGUUUCUAUGCUGACACGUUACACCGGAUCUACGAAAUGGGUGUGAAACGUAACGUCAACACCAGUUUGCUGGAGGCACAGGCAUCUGUUCCCCAAGUCCUUGCCACCAUCCCGGCUUUCGAAGCUGGCAUCGCCGACGCACAGUUGCUUAAGAAGGCAGAUUCAUAUUUCCACCGUUUCCUGGACCUGCUGCCUCGUGUCCGCUUAGCGGCGCGCGACUACUCUGAGGAUCUUAGCAACGUCGAGAUAUCCAGAAGCUCGGGAUCUAUGGAGCACCUUCUGCACCUCGUUCGUAAGCAGAGAACUUCGAUCUCUCCCGCACUGUCAAAUUUGAAGUCGCUUGAUUCACUCCUUUCUAAGGUCGCCAACCUCUGGACCGCCGAUCCCCUCUCUAUCUUCAAGGCCCAUUCAGGUUUCUCGAAUGGAAGAGAUGACACCACAAGGGCAGUUGCAUGGCUGGCUCCUAUUAUCGGCCUGGCAAUCACUGUCGUGGGACUUCACGCCAAAUUUUCGGGCAUCAACUCUACAGGCGUGAUUGAGAGCCUACAGGCUUGGAAAGACACGUUUGACCGCCUCAAGACAACACUGAGCCAUCUCCCCGAGUUGCCUGAGGGAAUGGCUUCACGUGUGCACAAGAACACCGUAGAAGAAGCUUGCACGGCUUUCACGAGGCUGAAUUUUGACCUCGCCACGUGGACCGAGGAGCGCCCUGACCUGUCCUUUGUUCUGGGCCAGAUCAUCCCAUGGUCGACGGUCAAUGCCGUCGCAUAUGAGUCUGAGAGCCAUGACCUUGGCGUUUCGAUCGAAGAAUACGAUUCGAGUCUCAUCGCAGCCGCUGACAAGAUCCUUGUCAGUAUCCAGAAGCUGAACGAAGCUCCGUCGCAAAUCACCGCCCCUGGUGCGCUGUCCCGGAGUGACGACUUCUUCGUCCGGGCACUCAGGCUCCUUCGCAUGGAGGACAUCUCGACUUCCCUCAAGUCUGUCCUUGACAAGCUGCAGCACCUCCAGACUCGCUCGCCUUCCAGCCUUCCGUUUGCCAUUGCCUUGACGGCGACCCUGUUGCCGAUUCUGAAUAAGUUCGCGCAUAUCUGUCGAGACGUGGUCGAUCGCUACCUGACGGUGCACAAAGAGACAUGUAAGAUGUCUUACAUCCUCGCUAAAUCGUUCACACAGAUCGCAUCGGAAGGCUUCUGUAGCCCGUCUGAACCGUCCACGGAGGAAAGCAAGUCUGGACAGUUGGAGAGUGGCACCGGUCUUGGCGAGGGAGAGGGGGCCGAAGAUAUCAGCAAGGAUGUAGCCGACGACGAGGACCUGACGGAACUGGCCCAGGAGGACAAGCAAAAGACCGAUGAAGAGAUUGAGAACUCUGAAGAUGCGGUCAACAUGGAUCAGGAGGAGAUGCAAGGUGAAGAAGGUGAAAGAAAGGAGGGAGACGACGAGGAUGACAAUGAAAGCGGCUCAGACGAAGAGGAUGAUAUUGAUGAAGAGGUAGGCGAUGUUGAUGAUCUCGAUGCCUCGGCUGUCGAUGAGAAGAUGUGGGAUGGCGAGCACGAUGAUCAGCAGAAGGAGACUGAGACCCAAGAGGGCAAGGGCGCGGCGGAGAAUGAUGAGCAGACAGCCGCGCCUGACCAGCAACCUGGCCAGGAAGCUGAGAAGGGUGAAAACAAGGAGGGUGAAGAGGAGGAAGAGGAAGAAGAUGACGAAGAAGGUGAAGAAGCUCCUGAUGAGGAGGGUGAGGCUGUUGGGCGUGAAGAUAUGGAUGUUACCGAUCCACAUGCCAAGGAAGAAGAGGCGCUCGAUCUUCCAGAGGAGAUGCAACUGGAUGGGGAUGAGAAGGGUAACGAGGAGCCUGAGGAAGACGACGGCCUUGAUGAUGACAUGAUGGAUAAUAACCUCCCUCCUGCGGAAGAAGAGCAGCAAAUGGAGGGAGACGGCGUCGAAGAUGAGACCAUGGAACAGGAUGGGGAGGAGCAGGAGAUUGAUCAGACUGAGGAAGCUGGUCCCGAUGACGAGCUGGGCGAUGCGGACGAGGCUGAAGGUAAUGAUGAGGCAAAUGAGGCCGGCGAAGAGGCAGAGGAAGAAGAGAAGCAGGAAGAUGACUUCCUUGCCCAACGCGAUGAGAACGAGGCUGCUGGCGAGGAGGUCGCUCCUAGCGAAGCUGUCAACGGUGGCCUUGGAGCCGAGCAAGAUCAGAACCAGGAGAAGGGCUCGUCCGGUAACGCGCAGCAGGAGAGUGGCUCCACCGAUCCCUCUGACGAGAAAGAGCAGAAGACUGGCGCUGCACAGGAAGGAGAUGAGAAUCAAAGACAUAAGGAUGAAGGCGGCGCCAACGAUUCCAACCCAGAGGAUCCUCAACUCCAAGCGUUCAAGAAACUGGGCGACGUCCUCGAGCAAUGGCAUCGUCGACAGAAGGAGAUAAUGGAUGCUUCCAAGCAGGAAGACGAUGAGGCCGAAACUCGACUGCCUGAGGAUACUGAUAUGGCGGAUGCCGACUUCGAACAUCUUGCAGAUCAAGACGAUGUUGCCGACACCCAAGCGCUUGGUCAGGCCAACGAAGAACAAGCCAAGGCUCUCGACCAGAACAAGGGCGUCGAAUCGGAUGUCAAGCCGGACGAGAACAAUGAACUCCUGCCAGACAUCACCGACGACAACAUCCAGGAUCUCCCCGAGCACCGUCUUGAAGACGAGAUGCAGCUCGACCAGGGAAGCGCCUCCACUGAGUCGCAAACGGCCGGUGCUUUCAUCCCUGGAAACCUUCAAAGCCAGGAGCGGGCAGAUGCCACUGCAGGCCAGGACGCAGCCGAUGAGGAACUGGACGAGGUCGAUGCACACCUGGCUGCAAUCCACCUAUCCUCGACCCUUCCCCCGCUUACGCCACGGGACGAAGCUCAACGACUCUGGUCGUACUAUGAGUCUGCGACCACCGAUCUCUCCUUGUCGCUAACGGAGCAGCUGCGACUUAUCCUUGCCCCCACGCUUGCGACCAAACUCCGCGGUGACUUCCGCACCGGCAAGCGGCUCAACAUCAAGCGGAUCAUCCCGUACAUCGCCUCGCAGUACAAGCGGGACAAGAUCUGGAUGCGGCGGUCGAUUCCCUCGAAGCGCAACUACCAGAUCAUGCUGGCGGUCGACGACAGUAAGUCCAUGCUGGAGAGCGGCAGUGGGCAGCUGGCCUUCGAGACGCUGGCGCUCGUGGCGAAGAGUCUGAGCAUGCUCGAGGCCGGCGACCUGUGCGUGCUCGGCUUUGGAAGCGAGGACCACGUGCGAGUGGCGCACGAGUUCGGCAAGCCGUUCUCCUCGGAGGCCGGCACCCAGGUCUUCCAGCACUUCAGCUACCAGCAGACGGGCACUAACGUGCGCAAGCUGAUCGCCGACUCCAUCGCGCUGUUCCGCGAGGCGCGCUGGAAGCAGUCCCCCGGCGGCGGCAACGCCGACCUGUGGCAGCUCGAGCUGAUCAUCUCCGACGGCAUCUGCGAGGACCACGAGACCAUCAGCCGCCUGGUGCGCCAGGCGCAGGAGGAGCGCAUCAUGAUCGUCUUCAUCAUCGUCGACGCGGUCAAGGGCAGCUCCAUCCUCGACCUCACCCAGGCCAGCUUCGAGCCGGACCUGGACAGCGGCAGCGGCGAGAUGAAGCUGAAGAUGAAGCGCUACCUCGAAGGAUUCCCCUUCCCGUAUUAUCUGGUGGUGCGUGAUGUGCGCGAGCUCCCCGCGGUUCUGGCGACGGCGCUGAAGCAGUGGUUCGCCGAAGUGGUGGAUGUUUCUUCUUAGAGUUUCAACGGGGUGGUGUUUCGUUAGGGUUAGAUACAAAAGUUCUGGGUUAGCAUUUACUGUAUAUACUGGUUGCAUGUAGUUUAGCA